AUGCCUUAUGAAUCUAGAACCUCGUUUGCUCGUAGCACUGGUUCUAGUUCUAAUCGUGACGACGGUAAUGAUGGCGAUUACGGUUCUAACGGAGAUGAUAAGCCUAAACCACAAUUUAAAGAUGAGUGUUUCAGAAAGAUGGAAUUAAUGAUUGAAUUCACGAAUCUUCGUAACCCAAAACAUUGUCCAAACGGUAUUUAUGUUAUGCCUUCUGCAGAUAAUUUUCAUACUUGGUAUGGAGUUUUAUUUGUUCAUAAAGGAUAUUAUAAAAAUGGAGUCUUCAAGUUUAAACUUAACAUACCUGCUGAAUAUCCUUUUACAAACUCAGUGACAUUUAUUUUUACCCUGAUCAAUAAUAUUGAUGGUUUGUUCCAUCCUCUUAUUGAUCCAAACACUGGGAGUUUCUCUCUUUCUCAACAAUUCAAGGACUGGGUUCCGCAUAAAUAUUAUAUUUUCCAUGUGCUUCAUUAUAUUAAGAAAUCUUUUAAGAAGACCGUCUUGGAUAAUUUGCUGGAAAAGCAUUGUCCGAAUAAGAAAGCUUUCUCUACAUAUCAUAAUGAGAUACGAACGUUUUCAGUAUUGGCAAAGCAAUGCGCUGACUUAUCAAUUUCAAAGACUGUCCUUUACGAUAACAAUAUAGAAGCCAAUCCAAUUCAAUUCUCUGUCUUACCAGAUGAAAAACUAGAUGAAUUGAAGACCUUUAUCAGUCCACCGGAAACCGAAAAAGGAAGGCCUAGCCACUCAUCUCGCAGAACUUAUUCUACGUCUUCAAUGUCCUCUAUUUUGCAUCCAUAG